CUGAAGAACAACGCAGUCAUUCAAUCUCCUCAGACUGGGACUUCUUCAACGGUGGGAGUCUCAACACCCGUCGCAGCACCAACUCCUCUUGUCGAUCAACAAACCCCCAACUCAUCCAUAUCACCUUCUAUUCCAGGCAAUACACCAGCAACUACCAACCCUGAUGUCUCCCAUUGGCGACGAACUCGAGUACAUAUUGAAACAAGUGAUGCGGUAGCUGACCUGACGAGUCUGCCACGAGAAUUCCUCUUCAGCCUUGCCGACCAAUUUUUUAAGGAAACCCAGUUUUGGUUCCCUAUUGUCAACCGUCAGCACGUCCAAACCGCCCUCGAAGCACUGCCCAUGCCUCUAACCCACAUCGAUGAUAUCGUCUUGAGAGCCAUGAUCGCCUUGCAGAUAAGUUAUUCCAGCCAGGCUAUCUGUCUAGGAUAUCACGGCAGGAAUCGACUGUCUCAACACCUCAGAUCUCAAGUGUUGAAUGAAGCAUUAUCCAAGGCCACUUUAAGCUCACUUCAAUCACUCCUGAUCAUAGCUAUACUUGACUAUGGUGCUGACAACAUUCCGAGCACGUUCAGCUUGAUGUCUGUCUGCCGGCGCAUGUGCGAGAACAUCGGGCUGUUCCGAAAACUCCUAAGCCAAAUGGAACAUCAGAGUCCAACACAAAUCGGCCCACCUGCCAUGGGGAUCAAUAAUACCGGGGAGGAGCUGGCAAUUCCAAUCACAUGGGCCAUACUCGCCCUAGAUGCAACGUCUACGCUUGGGGUGUCGUGGCGCGAUGUUUCAGCCGCCCUAGUCGACCACUUGUCCAGCGUAGCGUACCUCACCGCGCCAGACCUCAAAGACACGUACCGCACACACGCACACCUGGCAGCGAUUGCGCUGCAGCCGCUGCACACUUUCAUUCACGAGCACGAGCGCUUUCGAUACGAAAAUGCAGACGCCGAGGCCCUCGCAACAUGCGACGAGAUCUACCACAACCUAAUCAAUUAUGUGCGGGCGCAGCCCAAAUCGAGCUAUACGAUGCUAGCGGAUGGACUGAUUGACUUCGACCCUAACCUGUUGCACACGACGGUCCUGUCGCACGCGAGCGUGAUUGUGCUGUACCAACGCCUUCUGCGCUUCGAAAACGGCAGCGUCUCGGCCGCUUUCGGGGAGAUCCCAUUACAGCGGUGCCUGCAAGCAUGCGAGGACCUAGUGCAGGCAUUCCGGGGCAUCAGCGAUGCCGAUGCCGAACUGAACACUCCGCUACUAGCACACUUGAUCUUCGUCGCCGCGAGACUGAAACUCAUCGUCUACCGCAACCUAGGACAGAUGCGAGAACCCAUGUUCGACACGCUAAUGCAUGCGCUGAAUAUGUGCGGACGGAGAUGGGUUCUGGCACGCCGACUGGACGUCGUCCUGCGAGCUGCCAUCGUCCAACUUGACACCAAGGCCAUCGUUGACAAUGGUGGCGCUGGGAGUGUAAACAUGAGUGGAAGUGGUAUGAGCACCGGGGCCUCCGCCGCUCUUCCCCUCGCCUUCUGGGACGCGAGGAAGAGCCACCUCGAUCUCAGCGAGGAGCUCAAGGAGUGGUGCUCGAGUUACAAGGACUCCUUGUUCAUUGGCGCCUUGAACGGCCCGUACUGU